AUGGCACAAGGUGACCCGUCUAUUUCUAACGGCACAUGUUACUGGGGCCAAGGCAAUAAGACCAGCCAUGCGUUCAUCCCUUGCGGUAAUGCAUACCGCGAGGACAUUAUCUUGUCGUGUUGUGGCAUCGGCGACUUCUGUUAUAAUGAAGGAGGACUCUGCUUCAAUCAAGAACGGAACGAAUAUUAUGCUUCCGGCUGCACAGAUCCCGAUUAUGAAAAUGUCUCGAUUUGUCCCUACAAAGGCGCGUACUCGAAUCAGCAAUGGGUGGGGCUCGUUCGCUGUGAGACCAGUGAUGACGACAAGAACGAAUUUUGGGCAGGCUGCCCUGAGCCGGAUGAUGAUCAUCUCACUACCUUUACCAAAGGGUGCAAAUGCGAAAAGCCGAUUAAUCCACCACUUGUGGUAUAUUCUGCGAAGUCGACUCCAACCGCAUCUCUACCCGCCCACCGCGGGGGUAGAAUUAUCUCUUUGCCAGGAUCGUCGCCGACAACUGAUUCAGUUGUACCGAUUCUCAGCACUACCUCACCAACCAUUACGCCUGCAGGUAAUUCUUCUACAAGCCCUACAGAUUCGGCGACUGCAGCGCCUUUGAUACCUACGACCUCGGCGAAUAAGGAUCCCUUGUCGACAAGAGAGAUCAUAGGCAUGUCUGCUGGCCUAGGGGUAUUCGCAAUCAUGGUGCUUGCGGCUAUAUCGUUCUUGAUUCUCCGCUAUAAACGCAGGAAAGAACAGGACGAGGAGCUUAUAGCGAGCACGCAAAGUCCUAAUCGGCCAGAGAACAUGGAUCCGACUGGAACCGCCCUUCCUCCAGUCUCGGCGAUGGACUCACAGUCUCUGGCAUUUAAUCGACCUUAUAUUCGCGAGCAACAACGGGAAGCGUUCGCAACAGAGGAUGCUCACAAUACCAGAGCCUUCGUGUCACCAGUGUCUCCCGUCUCACCUGUAUCCCCUGCAUCGCACCCCCAUUCCAUUAAAUCAUUGGUGAAUUCGGCCUCACAACAAUUUGAGGCAUAUAACCCAGAUCGUCAUGGCAAUUACUCGGAUUAUUCUUCAAGCCGAUAUAGCACGGACAGCGUGCAACCUUCGCACCGAGACUUCCAGUAUUGGUCACCAAUCGCUACCAGCCCGCAGCAUAUUAGCAUUGCAUGCAGCCCAGAGACCGCUGGGCGUGAACGGCUCAACCAGAGAGCCAUGACUUCGAUCGCGGAGCUAGAGGGGUGA